AGGCUGUAUUGCGUGUCACAUACGGUGCUCUGCGUCACUCUGCUUAAAUGGUUGUGUGUCUCCUUCUCUCUGCCUCCACCCCCCCUGACUUUGUUUCUCCCUCUCUUUUCCCUCUCCUCCCCUCUCCUCUCUCCCUCUCUCUGUUGAUCCCACACUCCCUCUCUGUAGAGCGGAUCAGGCAGCCCAGCAUGGCAGCCCCGAGCACCAGCGGACUGGAGGUUCUGCUCUCCACACUGAAGGAUGUAGGUGACAUUGAGAGCACUCUCAACAUCCUCAACGUGCUGGAUGAGCUGCUCUCUGCCGGAUCCGACAGACGGAUCCACUACAUGAUCUCUAAAGGUGGUAGCGAGUCUCUCCUCAUGGCUCUGGUGAACACUGUCGACACCAUCCCACCUAACUACACCUUACUGCUGCCCAUUCUGCACCUAGUGGCCAAGGUGGGACACAGAGACCACAGGAUUGGUGUGAAGGCAGAAAAGGCGGAGGCCGUGCUGCUGAUGCUUGGGUUGCUCCGUCAGAACCUGAAGGAUGCGAAGAGAGCUGCUGCCUGUCUGUGGGUGCUCCAGGUCUUCUGUACCUCAGUCUCAACGGCAAUGCUGCUGGGGAAGAACAGAGGACUGGAUAUUGUCUUUAAGCUGAUACCCAUGCACACCACCAAACACAUACGCACUGUCAAGGCUGCCAUUGAUGCGCUGGCUGCUCUUCUGCGCUCAAAGAUGAACUGCAGGGCAGCUGUGUCUAAAGGUUACAUCUCAGGUCUGCUGAAGCUGUUUGCAGACUGGCACAGCAACGGCACAGACUGUAAACACCUCCCUAUUCUGAGGGCACUCCUAAACUGCCUACACCAAGCCGCCAACACCAGCAUUGGUAGGAGCUCCCUGGUGGCCGAGGGCGGUAUUGCACUCCUCUUUCAGACCACAAAGACCUGCAUGUUUACCAGAGGUAUGGAGUCUCUGGUGGAGCCGGCGGUACAGCUGAUGAGGAAAUGUUAUCCCAAGUGUCCCUUACCGCUGACCUCUGCCCUGAGUGCCCACAUCUUCCCUCUACCCGGCAGGCCCCUCGGUACCUGGGACUUUAUUCCUGGAGCUCAAGGUGACGGCUUUGAAGAUGACAGUGACAAUGAUGUUGAAAAUGAAGAUGCAGAGAACAGAGACUAUGAGGAUGACAUGGAGACUGACCUCGAGUCUCUGCGGCAGCGGCCUGAACCUGACCGGCCCCUGGAGCAGCUGGGCCAGUACGUCUGUCUCUGCCCUGAGCUUCACCACGACUUUCAGGAGCUGGACUCCGGCUCUGAGACUGAGGAGAGUUCUGAUGAAGACAGUCUUCUGAAUGGGGACAGAGAGGACCACUGUCUGAUGGCAGGACAAGGCUCUCCGCAGGCAGGACAAGACUCUCCGCAGGAGCACAGAGCCUCCACCCAGAACCCCCCGCUGUGCCCUCCUCGCAAUGGCCACACCACCCCCAUCUCCAGGGGCGAGGAUCACACUGCGCCUGAGGGGGAGGAUAAGCAAAACAUGAAGGCGAAAGACCUCCACAGCCAGUGCCUCGGGUCUCACGAGGAUGGCCAUCACAGCAUGGUCGACCGGCUGCUGGAGAAGUUCGGCUCCUGCAUCCCACACCAUGAUCCCCGGCUGUAUGCCGCUGCGGCUGCCAACACCAGAUCCGUCGCUGGCUACUCCAUCCUGGCCUUCCCAGACUUCUGGGGACAUCUCCCCCCACCAGGGCCAGAGCAAAUGGCUGUCCGAAGACCCAAUAUCCAGAGAAGGAAAGUGCUUGAAGAUAUCGAGCGAUUUCUGUGCCCUGAAGACAUCAUUAAUAAAGUGGUCUUUGACGUAGAGGAUCCCAGUCCUCAGUGUUCUUCUGACCACAAGCUCUCCCUGCGAUUCUUCUCGAAGUUUGAGUGCGGGAACCUGAGGAAGGCUGUCCAAGUGCGCAGUUAUGAAUAUGAUCUGAUUCUGAAUGCUGAUGCCAACACAUCGCAGCAUCACCAGUGGUUCUACUUCGAGGUGAGUGGCAUGGUGGCCAACGUCCCCUAUCGCUUCAACAUCAUCAACGGUGAGAAGAUCAACAGCCAGUUCAACUAUGGUAUGCAGCCGGUGCUGUAUUCCGUCCGAGAGGCUCUGGAGGGCCGACCAUGCUGGGUGCGCGCCGGCACCGAUAUCUGCUACUACAGGAAUCAUUUCCAGCCCAGUGGCAGCCAAAGAGACUCCAGCUUUUACACACUCACCUUCACUGUGACCUUCCAGCAUGAUGAGGACGUCUGCUACUUGGCUUACCACUACCCAUACACAUACUCAGCCCUCCAGGCUCACCUCCAGAUGCUACAGCGGUCAGUGGAUCCUCGUAAGGUGUUCUUCAAACAGCAGAGUCUGUGUAACACUCUUGCAGGAAACUCUUGUCCCCUCAUCACCAUCACCGCCCCUCCCUCAUCUCGCAGCUGGAAGGACCUGCACCAGCUCCGUAAUCGGCCCUGUGUGGUGCUGACGGCACGCGUGCACCCCGGGGAGAGCAAUGCCAGCUGGGUUAUGAAGGGCAGCCUGGAGUUCCUGUGCAGCAGCGACCCCAUGGCCCAGAGCCUGAGGGAGGCCUUCAUCUUCAAGAUCAUCCCUGUGCUCAACCCCGACGGGGUCAUCAAUGGCACUCAUCGCUGCUCACUGAGUGGAGAGGAUCUGAACAGACAGUGGAAGAAGCCAGACGCAGCUCUGAGUCCCACCAUCUACCACACCAAAGGCUUCCUCUACUACCUCAACAGCAUCGGCAGGACACCGCUGGUGUUCUGUGAUUACCAUGGUCACUCCAGGAAGAAGAACGUGUUCCUGUACGGCUGCAGCAUGAAGGAGACGCUCUGGCAGUCUGGGUCUUCAGUCGACACGGCAACCCUCAAGGAGGAUCCAGGAUACAGGACAAUUCCCAAGACUCUGGAUCGUAUCGCGCCCGCAUUUUCCUUCAACAGCUGUAACUACCUGGUGGAGAAAUCCCGAGCGUCUACGGCCAGGGUGGUGGUGUGGAGGGAGAUAGGUGUCCUCCGGAGCUACACCAUGGAGAGCACCUACAACGGCUGUGACCAGGGCAUCUAUCAGGGCAUGCAGAUGGGCACACGGGAGCUGGAGGAUAUGGGGGCGAAGUUCUGCCAGAGCCUGCUGACGCUCAGAAAGAGCACCAUGUUCUAUGACAGCAAAGUCAUCAGCCACAUGCCACUGCUGGACGACAGUCUGCUGGACCACAAGUCACACAACUGUUUUGUUGAUGACGAGCCACCCUGCGUGGAGGACAUCGAGUACCAAUCCCCCAUGACCUCCAACCUCCCUGGCAGUGACAUUGACUCCGAGGUCAAUGCGAACAUGUUCAGCACUGAGGACGAGGACAAGGAUGAGGACAAGCAGAUGCCACACUGCAGGAAGAACCGUCACACUGACCUCAAGUCCCGCCUCUACCCUCACCUGUGUCGCCCAGACUCCCUGUAGACGCUGUAGGCCUGACCUAGCCUGUUCAGUAGCGUCUACAGCGCUGACAGGCUCCAGCAGUCCAGCUGCGAAGCGAGUCGUCUCUCUUAGAAGAAAAUGGUGAAUCCUAGAACCUUUGAGGAUUCUGUGUGGGUUCUUUUUUUAAGAACCUGAAGGUUCUCUUUAUAUAUAUAUAUUUAAACAAAAAAAAUGUUUUACACGAGAAACUGAAACUCGACAGAAUGUUUCUUUAGAGCUGAACUGUUCAACAUCUAGACAAAUGGCCCUCUCUUAAGAGGUUUCUGGGUAGAACAUUCAUAAGUUCUUUCAUAGGUAAGCCAUAGAACCCCAUUUUUUUAAAGUGUAAUCAGUGUCAGCAUGUCUAAGGGAAAAAGGUUAUUCUACACCAGUGAUGGCGGUAACACCUACUAUUGAUAUGGCAGAUAUAGUGAUGUUGAAGCAUGUAGAAUCAUGCACACCCUGUAUAUGCUAGCUGGAGACGUCACUGGAAAUUUGAGUAAUAUCUAGUGAUUUGCAAUUAACAAGUAGCGGAAAACAUCAGCACACCAGAUUUUGUAUUGAGCACCAUUAUGUACAUCUUAUCACCAUACCAUGCCAUGUCAUAAAAUGUAGUAUUGUAUGGAAUUAUGUUUACAUUAUAUAAACUACAUAAUAUUUAGUUGCAAAUUAACAAGCAACAUUUUAAACAGUACUUUUUUGUAAUGCAUUUUCUUAAGGCAAAACAAACAGAUGUUCUUUUGCAUUUUAGCAGUUGUUGAAAAUUAUAGCACUUAACUUUGGUUAGAUCAGGUCUUCAUACUGUAGAACUAACAUUAAAGGCUGCAUUGUCAUUAAGGCGUCAUUCCUGCCCAAAUAUGAACAUUUGGAUCAAAUGCAAUUUCUUUGAAGAGAAUUUUAAAUUAAAUUACAUUUUCAUAAUGUCAUCCCUGUAACAGUUUCUGGCUGAAACCUGACCAUGUAAACGUACGUAGACUUUUGGUGGCAGCAACAAUGUACCAGUGCCCUUAAUUAUUACAGUGUUCACACUUGGAUAAUGCUGUCUUAAGUGUCCAGACAUGGGUACAAGAGUGCUUUCCAAGGAAGAGAAAAAAAAGGAAGUCCCUCUCUUGACAAGAGCCAUUUUUGCACAACAAUAAAAAUGGAAUUGAGUUUCUCUGUU